AAACUGUAUAUAAUUUAAAUGAUCAUUGGAAAUAUCGUGAUAUUUCAAAAAGGCAUCAGUUGCCUUAUGAAUAUACCAUGAUUAGACUUUCUUUACAACCAAUGCCAAUAUUUAAAGUAUUUUUGGAUAUUUAUUAUGACAAUUUUAGUACCUACAGGAAUGUUUAUCAUUCUUUGGAGGGUGUGUAUAUGCAAUUAAGUAAUAUGUUACAGUCAGAUCAGAGGUUGCUUAAAAACUAUUUUCUUAUUGGUUUGGUUCCAUUUGGUACUAGUUUUGAUAAUUUUAUCAAACCAGUACUUAAAGAUACACAGCAUUUAGAAAAUGGUGGUAUCGGAUGUAUCACCUCAGAUUUACCACAAG